UUUUCGACCAUUACAAAACAAAGCAAGGGCUAUGGCGUUUGUGAAGGUGGUCGGUUAUGGAAUCAUUUAUUGAUCCAGAUGACAGUUCUAACUCGAAUUCCAGGUUUGAGAACAGUGAUUGCAGUACCGAUGCGGGAGACUUGAGUUCGGGCCAGGCAGGCUCAAAACAGACAACUCAGAAAGUAUCCACAGCCUUAAAGAAAUUAAUCCAGAACGACAAUAUGAAGUUUAUGGAGAACUUUGACCCCGAAAGAAGCAACAGGGAACGGAGGAAACUGACACGAAAAAUUUACACUGGAGGGAGGAAGCAGACAAACCUGUAUGAUGAAAAGGGCGUAAUUAUGACACUGGAGAAGGAUUUGUGUGACUGCCUUGAAGAAACCUGUCCAGGAUGCCACUUCCCAUGUCCAAAGUGUCUCUCCUGCAAAUGUGCCCAUGAAUGCAGGCAGAACAGGAAGUGGAUGUAUGACUCCAUUGAAAUUGAAGGUACAGAUGAUGCGAUCAGGAACAAAUUCAGCUUGGACCUGUCGCCAUGUGACUUUCAUAUGCAGCAUUUGGGGUUGCUCAUGAGGUGGUGAAGAUGAAGGAUAUAAUGCCAUGUAGUCCAUUG